AUGCGUCUCGGUCUCCAUCUGACGAGCAUGAUCCGUCUAUGCGGCGGCGUCCACGCUGAGGUUGUCGACGGUAUUGUCUCUAGGUCGACUGCUUCAGACGCUGUGAGCAGAGUCCUUGCGGUUGCAUACCUCAAAGGAAACUCGGCCGUCGCCAUCAAAGAGGCGCUAAUGCAGAUUCAAUACUGCUACAAGUUCCAAUCUGAAAAAGCAGAGAAGGGAUGCCCGCUGAAGUGUGGGAACGUCAAUUGGUGUCUUAGAGUCACUUGCCCCGUCGCAGAGCAGAGGAACGUCGGCGCGGUGAAUCGAGGAAACGGCCGACUUCCCAAACGUCUUCAGCGAUAG